AGUACCCUCUCACUGAACGGCCAGUCACUCUUUUCCUUUGAACAGCAGGCAUGUCCCCUCUUGAAUGCUUCUCCCCGACCCCCGCCCCAAGCGACUGAAAAAGGAAACAUGCGCACUUCAGAGCUUGGAGCUGUCCGAGUGCUGAAAUUUAUAGGCUGGGAAACUAGAUUCCUGCCAGAUUUUGAAUCUGAACAAUAAAUAGAUACUUUGUCCUAACAUCUUUCUGGAAUCAUUUCGGGAUAUUUUCCACAAGCAACACAGAAACAGGAAUGAACCGGCAGCUAAUGAACAUUUUGACAGCCUUGUUUGCAUUUUUCUUAGCGACAAACCACUUCAGAACCAAGAUAAAUGGAACACAUAGUAAUAAUGCUAUGUAUACUGGGACAACCCACUAUGUUCCUUUCAGGUUUACACCUCCUACUAUGAGUAAGAAAAAAUAUAGGCUGGUUUUUAUUAGAAUCAUCAUCAUCAUCAUCAUCAUCAUCCUCACCACCACCACAUGAUAAUCAAAUAAUAUUUGAUUAAUCAGAUGAAUCUGCAUAUGAGAAAGGCAGCUUUCUGCAAAGACCAUGACUCCAGAUCUGGAAAACAACCUUCACAGACCCUAUCUCCUUCUGAUUUCUUGGACAAGUUAAUGGGAAGGACAUCAGGAUAUGAUGCAAGAAUCAGGCCAAAUUUUAAAGUUUUGGAUCAGUCACAGAAACCACCAUGGACUACCGAGUGAAUAUUUUUCUGAGACAACAGUGGAAUGAUUCACGGCUGGCAUACAGUGAGUACCCAGAUGAUUCCCUGGACUUGGACCCAUCUAUGCUAGACUCCAUUUGGAAACCAGAUUUGUUUUUUGCCAACGAGAAGGGGGCCAACUUCCAUGAUGUCACCACUGACAACAAAUUGCUACGGAUUUCGAAAAAUGGCAAAGUGCUUUACAGUAUCAGACUCACCUUGACCUUAUCCUGUCCCAUGGACUUGAAGAACUUUCCGAUGGAUGUUCAGACCUGUACAAUGCAGCUGGAGAGUUUUGGGUACACGAUGAAUGACCUAAUAUUUGAGUGGUUAAGCGAUGGCCCAGUGCAAGUUGCAGAAGGAUUGACCCUGCCCCAGUUUAUUUUGAAAGAAGAGAAGGAACUUGGCUACUGCACAAAGCACUACAACACCGGAAAGUUUACUUGCAUUGAGGUCAAGUUUCACCUGGAACGCCAAAUGGGAUAUUAUUUGAUCCAGAUGUACAUCCCAAGCCUGCUUAUAGUAAUUUUGUCCUGGGUUUCCUUUUGGAUAAACAUGGAUGCAGCCCCUGCCAGGGUUGCACUGGGCAUCACCACAGUCUUAACGAUGACCACCCAGAGUUCAGGCUCCAGAGCAUCUCUGCCAAAGGUCUCCUAUGUAAAGGCGAUUGACAUCUGGAUGGCGGUGUGCCUUCUGUUUGUGUUUGCUGCCUUACUGGAAUAUGCAGCAGUGAACUUUGUCUCCAGGCAACACAAGGAGUUCCUGCGUCUCCGAAGGAGACAGAAGAGGCAGAAUAAGGAAGAAGACGUUACUCGUGAAAGUCGUUUUAAUUUUAGUGGUUAUGGAAUGGGUCACUGCCUCCAAGUGAAAGAUGGAACAGCUGUCAAGGCCACACCUGCCAACCCACUCCCACAACCCCCAAAAGAUGCAGAUGCUAUCAAGAAGAAGUUUGUGGACCGCGCAAAAAGGAUUGACACAAUAUCUCGAGCUGCCUUCCCAUUGGCCUUCCUCAUUUUCAACAUCUUUUACUGGAUCACGUACAAGAUCAUUCGGCAUGAAGAUGUCCACAAGAAAUAGAUGUGCCCUACAGACCCUGGGACCUUCUUGCCUCAGUGUUGUGCUUGUAAAUACACAGUGAAAUUGUCUUUAUAUCAUCACUUUGACAGAGGAGAAGAUUGAGGGAGGGGGGAGGGAGG